ACUCCCGCUCCUCUUCCACCCAAAUCCUCUCUCUCUCUCUACCCUCUCUCUGCUCUCUCUCCCCAAUCCAAACCCUAGAAAUACAGCAGCUCUCUCUCCUUCUUUCCUUCCUUUUCAGCAGCUGCAGCAGCAUAUCUCUGCUUCUUUCUUCUUUCUUCUUAUCUAUUUCAUACAUAGUCGCUCUGUAUAUAUAUAUCUUUCUAGUUUUUUUAUUUUAUUUUUCUGUAAGGAUAUCGUACGGUAACAGUAAUGGCGGUCCCACCACCACCACCACCACCGACGGUCCCCGCCCACGCUUCGCUCUACGUGGGAGACCUCCACCCGGACGUGACGGAGGGUAAUCUGGUGGACGCCUUCUCCGGGACCGGGAAUCUUGCAUCAGUCCGCGUUUGCCGCGACUCCAUCACCGGACGUUCGCUUGGCUAUGGCUACGUCAACUACAUUACACCUGAGGACGCAACCCGUGCUAUGGAAAAGUUGAAUCACACUCCAUUGAAUGGGCAACUGAUAAGAAUCAUGUGGUCUCAUCGAGAUCCGGAUGCAAGAAAGAGUGGGAUCGGGAAUCUGUUUGUGAAGAAUUUGAAUGAAUCAAUAAAUAACGUAAAGCUUCACGAUAUGUUUUCCAAGUUUGGAAAAAUUUUGUCUUGCAAAGUCGUUAUGACUCAGGAUGGGAAGAGUAGAGGGUAUGGAUUUGUCCAGUUUGAAUCUGACGAAUCCGCAAAUGCCGCCAUUGAGAAUGUUAAUGGCUCCAUGGUUGAAGGCAAGCAAAUUUAUGUAGGUCACUUUGUCAAAAAGAGUGAACGCAUGUUACCCAGCCCUGAUGCUAAAUAUACCAAUUUGUAUAUGAAGAAUCUUGAUCUAGAUAUUACAGAAGAACUUCUCCGAGAGAAGUUCUCCGAAUUUGGGAAAAUUACUAAUCUUGUUAUAGCAAAGGACAAUAGUGGAAACUCAAGGGGAUUUGGAUUUGUAAAUUUUGAUGGCCCUGAUGAUGCCAAACGGGCAAUGGAGACGAUGAAUGGAGUGCAGCUUGGUACUAAGACUAUAUAUGUAGCAAGGGCCCAAAAAAAAGCAGAGCGGGAGCAAAUUCUCCGUCGUCAAUUUGAGGAAAAGCGCAAUGAGCAGAUGCUCAAAUAUAAGGGCUCAAAUGUCUAUGUAAAGAACAUAGAUGAUGACGUUGAUGAUGAUGAACUGCGAGAACAUUUCAGUCAGUGUGGCACAAUCACUUCCGCCAAACUAAUGCGCAAUGAUAAGGGAAUAAGUAAGGGGUUUGGAUUUGUGUGCUUUUCUACUCCUGAAGAAGCUGGCAAAGCUGUGAACACUUUUCAUGGAUACAUGUUCCAUGGAAAACCUUUAUAUGUGGCAAUCGCCCAACGGAAAGAGGAUAGGCGUGCUCAGUUGCAGCUGCAGUAUGUGCAGCGUAUGGCAGCAUUAGCAGGACCCUCAGCUGCUGUCAUCCCUGCCGGGUAUCCUCCUCUUUACUAUACUCCACCUCCUGGUGUUGUUCCGCAAAUUCCACCAAGGCAGGGGAUUAUGUAUCAACACUUGGGUCUGAGACCUGAAUGGAGGGCCAGUGGAUUUUCACCAUCAACAAGACCGCCUUUCCAACCCAUGCCACUUCCUGCGAUUCCAAACACUCCAAGACAGCAUAGACAAAAUAGGGGCCGGAUGAAUGGACAUAUGCUUCCCCAGGCUGGUCAAUCUAUACAAUUUAUUCCACAAACAACUCAGUCAAUGAAUAUUUUGAAAGAUGCAGGCAAUCAGCAGCGGGCUGGACAAACUAAAUACGUGCCCAGUGGGAGGCAGCGAGAGAUGAACAACGGAACUGCAGUUCCAUCUCCAGCUUCUAACUCUGUCGGAGCAGGAGCCUCCCAGGGGACAGAGAUGUUGAGUAGCAUGCUUGCGGCUGCACCUCCUCACCACCAAAAGCAGAUACUUGGAGAGCGUCUCUUCCCCCUUGUCAAGAAACACAAGUUUGAGCUUGCUGCAAAGAUUACUGGAAUGCUCUUGGAGAUGGACAAUUCUGAACUGCUGCUGCUAUUGGAGUCGCCAGAGUCGUUGGCUGCCAAAGUUGAAGAAGCUGUACAGGUACUCAAACUCUCGAAGGCCAAAGUUAAUGGUGGUCAAGACACUCUUCAUCCCAAUUACUUAUCAGCUGAGGUUGCCGUCAACUAAAACUAAAAAGGGUGACAGUGAUGGAAACUACCUAUCUCUCUCUCUUUUCUUUCUUUUUCUUUAGUAGAGGUUCUGUUUUGCAGUCUAGGAUUGAGAGUUCGUUACCGAAAUGAAUUUUGUUGACCACUGGUUUUCAUAACCUUUUUCUUUUAAUGCUUUUUCAUAGUUUUUACCCUUUUUUUUUUUUUUGGUGAUGUUCCAAGAGUUCCAAUGAUUCUUUGAUUCUGGAUCUUUUAAUGCAAUGAACAAUUAGAGAUAAGGGCUUUUAGAGACUUGCAAAAUCAAAUAGAUAUUUUCUAUCCUUUUUUGCCCUCUUC